GCCGCAGCCGUGAUGGCCCAGGCCCGAGGAGAGGUCGCCCGGGAGCUGCAAGACAGCAUCCGGAAGUAUCUGAACCGGCCUCCUAUCCACCUCCUGGUGCGGGUGAAGCUAGAAACCAAACCCAAGAAAAAUGAAGACAGGGUGCUGGUUCUUACCACCUGGCGUAUCUAUCUCUUUGGGCUGAAGGUGCCAGCCAAGGUCGAGUGCUCCUUCAACGUCCUGGAGAUCCGAGCGUUGAACGCCCUGAAUCACAACCAGAUCUUGGUGGAGACGGAGAAAGCAAGCUACAACUUCAAAUUCCCCACCUCGGAAAGUGCCGACCAGGUCACGAGACACGUCAACACCGCCUUAGCCAAAAUUUUCCCAAGCCCAGCCUCUGUCUGCCUCAUACGCCAUGGGAACGCAGAGACCCCAGAGACGCCACGCGACAUGUCUCCCAACUCCGAAAGCUCCAACUCCACAACCCAUAGCAUUUGCGGAGGGUUUUCCGAAACGUAUGCAGCCCUUUGCGACUACAACGGACAUUCUUGCCGCGAGGAGGUGCAGUGGGAUGUCGACACGAUUUAUCAUUCCGAAGACAACCGGGAGUUCAACCUGCUAGAUUUCUGCCACUUGGAAAGCCGGGACUUGGCACUCAUCGUAGCUGCGUUGGCUUACAACCAAUGGUUCACCAAGCUUUACUGCAAGGACUUGAGGCUGGGCUCUGAGGUCGCUGAGCAGGUCCUGCACACGGUGAGCAAGUCCCAUCACCUGGAGGAGCUGGUGCUGGACAACGCGGGGUUAAAAACAGAUUUUGCCCUGAAGCUGGCCUGCGUUUUGGCAGAGAAUCCGAACACGGCUCUCCACGCCCUCACGCUGUCCCACAACCCGCUGGAAGACAAAGGCCUCAGCGCCCUGAGCCAACAGCUGCUGUGUUUCCCCAAAGGCCUCAGCAAACUCUGCCUUUCCAAGGCCAGCAUCACUGCGAAAGGACUUGCCAUUCUGUGCCAGAGCUUCGGUGCCAACCCGGCCUUCACCAGUUCCCUCCGCCAUCUUGACCUGAGCAAGAAUCCGGGGCUACUGGGGACCGACGAGGCAAAUGGUUUCUACUCGUUCCUGGCCCAGCCAAACGCCCUGGUGCAUCUGGACUUGUCCUCCACAGACUGUGCAGUCGAUGCACUCUUCGGGGCGCUGUUGCAUGGCUGUUGCCCACGGCUUAGCUACCUCAACCUCGCACGAAACACCUUCUCCCACCGGAAAGGAAAGGCGCUGCAGCCCUCCGUGAAGCAGUUUUUCUGCAGUGCCUACUCCCUCAGCUACGUAAACUUGUCCGGCAUCAGGAUGCCCGUGGAAGCGUUAAGGUCUCUUUUCCAAGGUCUGUCGGCCAACACUCACCUCAGCGAGCUCCACUUGGACUUGAGUGGCUGUGAGCUGCGCUCCCCGGGGGCUCAGGUGCUUCAAGAGCAGUUGUCUGGAAUCAGCGCCUUGAGCAGCCUAGACCUUUCCGACAACGGCUUCGAUGCAGACUUGCUCACCCUCGUCCCGGCACUCAGCAAGAACAAGUCGCUGAAACACCUCUGGUUGGGCAAGAAUUUCAAUGUCAAAUCCCGAACCUUGGAGGAAAUUCUUCAGAAGAUGGUGCAGCUUAUACAGGAGGAAGAAUGUUCCCUGCAGACCUUCUCAGUUGCUGAUUCCCGGCUAAAAACCCGCGCCAGCAUCCUCAUCAACGCCCUGGGCAGCAACACGUGCUUGACCAAAGUGGACCUGAGUGGGAACUGCAUGGAAGACAUCGGGGCCAAGAUGCUGUCCAAAGCCUUGCAGAUCAACAGCACGCUGAGGAGUAUUUCCUGGGACAGGAACAAUACCACAGCACAAGGCUUCCAGGACAUUGCCCGGGCCUUGGAGAACAACUACACCCUCAAAUUCAUGACCUUCCCCAUGAGUGACAUCACUGCAGCCUACCGCAGCGCCCCCGAGCGGACGGACGAGGUGUGGCAGAAGAUCCAGUGGUGUCUCCUCAGGAACAACCACUCGCAGAAGUUCCCCCAGGAACAAGCCUUCCGCCUCCACCAAGGAAUUGUCACCAAUAGCGCCGAGCAAAUGAUGAGUCGAUUGUGCGUGAGAGUCCAGGAAGAAGUGCGAGUGCUGCGCUCCUGCUCUGCCGAUACUGUUCAGGAGGAGGUGCUGUACGCCCGGGAACUCAUGAAGGAAGCCAAGAAUUCACGGGCGCUCUUCCCCAGCUUGUAUGAGCUCGGGCAUAUAUUGGCCAGCGAUGGGCCUGUCCGGCACAGGUUGGAGUCAGUGGCCAGUGAGGUGUCGAAAGCAGUGGACAAGGAGCUGCAGGUGAUCCUGGAGUCCAUGGUCGCCCUCACGCAGGAGCUGUGCCCUCACGCUGUCCAGGCGGCCGAAGAACAUAACAAGAUGUUGGCGGCCGUUUCAGAGCGCGUCACCGUGCCCCGCAACUUUGUCCGGGGAGCUCUGCUGGAACAGGCCGGCCAGGAUAUUCAAAACAAGCUGAAUGAGGUGAAGCUGUCCGUGGUGACGUAUCUCACCAACACCAUUGUGGAAGAACUGCUGCAGGAGUUGUACCACGCCCACAAGAAUCUGACUGAACACAUCAUCCAUCUCCGCUGCCUUUCUGAGGGCCAAGACAACGGAGCCCUGCCAGAGCACCUAGGGAAACCCCGGCUCCGCGAACACGAGGAGAACACGGAUGACGAUCUUGGCUCCAGCAUCGACACCAUGGCCAUCAAGAGGCAGAAGAAUUGCCGGAGAAUCCGGCCCGCUUCCGCCUUCAUUAGUGGCUCAGAACAUGAUGGUGACCUGUCAGGCCCCGGCAUGGGCUCCCCACUGGGCUGGAUAUCUUUGGCCAGCAGCAGCCAGUACGCCCACUCCCGCAGCACGUCCUUCGAGGCGCUCUCUGACCUGCCGACGGAGGGCGCCCGGCUGGAGCACCACACCCGUGGCAGGCCACGACCCCCCCGCAACGCUCCUCAUAGCAGCUUCCGUUCCCACAACCGAAUUCUGGGGUCUAUUGAGUCCAGGGAACAGGAGAACGGGUCGGUGCCGCGGUUGGACGAAGGCCUCGAUGAAUUUUUUAACAGGAGGGUGCUUGCUGACAACACCAGCUAUCCUCGGACACCUAAGAGCUGCGGGGUGAGGCCGGGCCCCUCUGACUCCCUCCCACCCCUGCAGAAGAAGAGGAGGAGGGGCCUCUUCCAUUUUCGCAGGUAUCGCAGCAUCAAGGGAGACCGCGAUCCGGAAGACCUGCCCCCGAGUCCCCCGCCACCUCCGACGGGCGGGGGGGACGAACAGAGGCCCCCGCUGCGCCCUGCCAUCGGCCCAGAGGAGGUGAGGAAACUGGGGCAGGACGUUGCGGGGACGGCCGUGCUCUUUCCGGGAAUGGGACCCCUGCCGCCUGGAAGCGGGGUGAAGGGCCUGCCCAGCAGGACCAGGCAGGGUUCCAAUCCUGACACGGAGAGGGCGGAGCCGGACCCCAAAGUGGUGGAGCUCUUGCAGCCCACGCGGGUCCAAGGCGUGCCCUUGCCUGGAAUGGGACGUGCUAAGGGGUGGAGCCUGGAUGCCAAGUUGGAGAGCGUCGAUCUGGACAGAGGAGGGAGCAUGCGGGACCGACAGAGAAGACGCUCAUCGGAUGACUCAGGGCAAGGGGGGUGGAAGCCUCAACCCCCACUCCAGAGUACCAAGCCCAGCUUUGCCACCAUUCGUCGGGCGGAAGCCAGCUGGGACAUAGCUGAAGAGAGCUCACCCCGGGAGAGCAGAGGCAAGGAGCCCCUCCAGGACCGCCCCCCGGAAGAAACGCAGAGCGGCACGGAGGAGAGGGGUGUCACCACGGCCAAGCUGAACGCUGACAAGGACCAGCCUGCGGCACCCACCAAGGCAAGCGGACGGGUCUCGUAAAAUCUGG